CGGAUCUGCAUGAAGUGCAAGGAGAGCCCGGCCGCCCUCGUCAUCCGCAUCAAGGAUCCCUUCUGCCGCUCCUGCUUCCRGGAAUACUUUGUGCACAAAUUCCGGGCCGUGCUGGGCAAGAACCGCGUCAUCUUCCCGGGAGAGAAGGUGCUGCUGGCGCUGUCCGGAGGGCCCGCAUCCAGCGCCAUGCUCCGGCAGGUCCAGGAGGGRCUGAGGCGGGAGACAGCCAAGAAGCUGCGCUUCAUCCCCGGCAUCAUCUUCGUUGAUGAGGGAGCCGUGUGCGGGCAGAGCGCGGAGCAGCGGGAGCAGAGCCUGGCCGCUGUGGAAGCCAUCGCGCAGGCCACCGGCUUCCCCUUCCACGUGGYGCACCUGGAGCAGGCCUUCGAGCUGCCCAGCUCCAUCCUGCGCCGGGGCGCGCGGGGCAGCGCCGCGGGCCCUGGCUACAAGGCGGCCGUCCAGGGCUUCAUCCAGCAGCAGCAGCAGCGGCAGGAAGCGGCCGGCGGCGAUGGAGCCGCCUGCCCGGCCCGGCCCCACAGCCCGGACACGGCCGCGGGCUCCCGGCUGCCCGACGCGGCCCUCACCCAGCAGCUGCUCCGGUUUUUCGAGGCGGCGGAGACGCUGACGGCCAAGGAGGAGAUGCUGCAGAUGCUGCGGACGCACCUCAUCGUGCACGCGGCCAGGACGCAGGGAUACAGCAAGGUCAUGAUGGGCGACUGCUGCACCCGCGUGGCYGUCAAGCUCUUCACCAACCUGGCCCUGGGCCGCGGCGCCUUCCUUGCCAUGGACACGGGCUUCCUGGACACACGACACGGUGACGUGGCCGUGGUGCGGCCCAUGCGCGACUACAUGGCCAAGGAGAUCGCCUUCUACAACCACUUCUUCGGCGUGCCCACCAUCACCACGCCUGCCCUCCGCCCCAAGCGCCGCGAGAAGCCCAGCAUCCACCACGUGACAGAGAAGUUCCUCGUGGAGCUGCAGGUGGAUUUCCCGUCCACCAUCAGCACCGUGUACCGGACGGGUGAGAAGCUGAGCCCAGCUCCUGCGGAGGGCACCUCYGAGUCGGAGCUCUGCCUGCUCUGCCUGUGUGCCCUGGACACCCUCACGGAGGAGGAGCUGGCCCUGGAGCCCACGCUGAUCUGGGACGAGGAGGCGGCUGAGAGGAAAUCCGCCUUCGUGCCGCUGCUCUGCUACGGCUGCCGCCUCACCUUCAAGGAGAUGGGCCCCCUGGACACGCUGCCRCCCUACAUGCGCUUGGAGGCCCAGCAGAGGAUCUGCGGGGCCGAGGUGAAGCAGCAGGCGCAGGAAGUCCCGCUGCAGAACGGUGACAAGGAGCCUGGCGGGGACCCCUGAGGCCCCAGCUGUGCCUCCUGCUGGGGACAGGCCCCUGCGCCCUUCGGGACACCUUGGAUGGACAAGGUGCCACCCCUGUGGACACCAUCCUCUAGGACGGUGAAGGACCAGAGCCACGGCUGGAAGACAUGCUGGGACACUCACUGUGACUGCAGGUGUCCAAGUGGCUGCUUUUAAACCCAACUUAAAUUAUUUGGUCAGGGAGAGGGGACUCAGAGCGCCCAUCCCCAGCAAUGCUCAGUCCACCAAUGCCAGGGUGGCCCUCGCCCCAGCAGCACAUGGACGA